CAGUUUUCUGUCAGCACAACCAAAACCUCCCAAUCCAAAACCGGCUGCUCCGCUCUUUGUUUAUACUCUCUCAAUCUCCGUCUUAUCUAUCCCACCACGCAAACUCAAUUUAAUGCAUCUCUCCCCAUUCUCUCUUUGUAUUUUGUAUCUGCCAAAGAAUACCAUCUUUCUGUGCAGUUUCAGAACCUGGUGAUAUGACAAUUCGGUACAAGUCUCUCGUCUUUUAGCGCUUUGGGCAGUAACAUUUUGUUCUAGUUAUCUCAACUCAAUUGCCUGGGGUAUGUUUUUUUAUUAGUUACUUUUUCUUCAAAUUGUUUUCCUUCUUGACUGGAUUUUUGUGUUUUUUUCUGUCAUCAAAUAGACCCAAUUUUAGUUUCUGAUGGAACCAAAUGUUUUAGGUGGUGGGAUGUUUUCAAACAUUGGUUCUGGAAUGCUAGGCCUAGAACUGCCUCUUCAUCAACAGCAACAAAAACAGCAGCAACAACAACAACAACAAAACCCCACAAACACUCAAAACUCUCACCACCUUAACCAUCACACCCAAAUGCUUUCCUAUCCCCACAAUAACGACCCUGAUCACCAUCCCCAUCAGCAAUCCUUGAAAUUCCCAUUUGCUCAAAAGGCCAAGCAACCAAUAUCUCUCAGUGAUGAAGAAGACCCAGCUGGGUUUGGUGCUGAUGACAGCAAUUCAGGGGAUGCUAAGAGAAAAAAUUCACCUUGGCAAAGAAUGAAGUGGACAGACACCAUGGUGAGGCUUCUAAUAAUGGCUGUUUAUUAUAUAGGAGAUGAAGCUGGGCCUGAAGGGACUGAUCAAAAUGCGAAAAAGAAAUCUUCCGGGUUGUUACAAAAGAAAGGGAAGUGGAAAUCAGUUUCUCGGGCUAUGAUGGAGAAGGGGUUCUAUGUGUCUCCGCAGCAAUGUGAGGACAAGUUCAAUGACUUGAACAAGAGGUAUAAGAGAGUGAAUGAUAUUCUUGGGAAAGGUACAGCUUGUAAGGUGGUGGAGAAUCAGAGCUUGUUGGAGACAAUGGACUUGACGCCUAAGAUGAAGGAAGAGGUUCGUAAGUUGUUGAAUUCUAAGCACUUGUUUUUUAGAGAAAUGUGUGCUUAUCACAAUAGUUGUGGUCAUGGGGUUGUAAAUCAAUCAGCAGAGGUAGCGACAGAGCCAUCAAAUUCACAUAUUCAAAACCAGCAAGCACAACAGCAACGUUGCUUUCAUUCAUCAGAGAAUGCUGUUGGGGGAGCUAAUUUGAGUGAAGGGUCUAAGAUGGUGAAAGGUGGGAGUGGUGAAGAGGAUGAGGAAGAUGAUGAGGAUGAUGAUGAUUCUGAUGAAGAUGAAGAUGAGGACGAGGAUGAAGAGGAUCAAGGUGGUUCUAGGGGUCAUAGUGGGCAUGGGGUACUACAUGAAGAUGAGGAUGAUAAUGAAGAAAGAUGUUCUUCAAGGAGUAAAAGGGCCAGGAAGGGAGUGUUUAGUAAUGGUUCAGCUCAGUUAAUGCAACAAUUGAGAUGUGAAUUGGUGAGUAUGGUUCAAGACGGGGCUAAGAGUCCUUGGGAUAAGAAGCAAUGGAUGAGGACCCGGUUGAUGCAAUUGGAGGAGCAGCAAGUGAUGUACCAAUGCCAAGCGUUUGAGCUAGAGAAGCAAAGGUUGAAGUGGGUAAAGUUUAGUAGCAAGAAGGAGAGGGAAAUGGAUAGAGCUAAGCUUGAAAAUGAGAGGAGAAGGCUCGAGAAUGAGAGAAUGGUGUUACUUGUACGACAGAAAGAGAUAGAGUUACUUGAUCUUCAACACCAACACCACCAUCAGCAACAGCAUUCUUCUAAUAAGAGGGGUGAUCCAUCCUCUAUUACUGGUUAAAUUGUAUAAUAGGUCAAAUUACAAGAUAGUUUUAGAUGGUUAUAAAGGCUGUUUAGUUCUUGUUCA